AUGUUCCCUCCAGGUGCAGCUAAGAAGAGCCUCUCCUCCUGCAGAGAACUCAUAUCCACAUGUUCCCUCCAGGUGCAGCUGAAGAAGAGCCUCUCCUCCUGCAGAGUGCAGCUGAAGAAGAGCCUCUCCUCCUGCAGAGUAACUCAUAUCCACAUGUUCCCUCCAGGUGCAGCUGAAGAAGAGCCUCUCCUCCUGCAGAGUGCAGCUGAAGAAGAGCCUUCCUCCUGCAGAGGAGUAACUCAUAUCCACAUGUUCCCUCCAGGUGCAGCGACGAAGGCCUCUCCUCCUGCAGAGGUGCAGCUGAAGAAGAGCCUCUCCUCCUGCAGAGUGCAGCUGAAGAAGAGCCUCUCCUCCUGCAGAGUGCAGCUGAAGAAGAGCCUCUCCUCCUGCAGAGUGCAGCUGAAGAAGAGCCUCUCCUCCUGCAGAGUAACUCAUAUCCACAUGUUCCCUCCAGGUGCAGCUGAAGAAGAGCCUCUCCUCAUGCAGAAACUCAUAUCCACAUGUUCCCUCCAGGUGCAGCUGAAGAAGUGCAUCUCCUCCAGCCUCAUGCAGGCGUACCAGGCGUGCAAAGCGAUCCUCAUCAAGCUACUCUCGCGCCCGAAGGCCCUCAGCCCGUACCACCUGCGCAGCGUGAUGCUCUGGGCGUGCGACCGCCUGCCCGCCUCCUUCCUCCUCCAGGAGCACUUCUCCGCCUGCUUCCUGCUGGGCCUCAUCGACGACCUGCAGCACUGCCUGCUCAACAAGAUGUGCCCCAACUACUUCAUCCCACAAUGCAACAUGCUGGAGACGCUGUCCGACGAGGCGGCCAUGCUGCACGCCAGAAAGCUGUCCUCGGUGCGCUCCGACCCGGCGGAGCACCUCAGAUCCACCAUCGAGCACGCCAAGGCGGCCAAUCGGAUGACAGAAGAGCUCCAGUGGAGAGGAGGCAGCCAAUCGGUGCCUCAGAGCGACUCGGCAGCAGACAGUCCGCCCGACGACCGGCUGGCCAAGAAGCUCCAGCAGCUGGUGACGGAGAACCCCGGGAAGUCCAUCUCUGUGUUCAUCAACCCGGACGACGUGACCCGGCCGCACUUCAGGAUCGACGACAAGUUCUUCUGAGGAGACUGCUUUUACUCUUCUUCUUCUUCUUCUUCUUCUUCUUCUUCUUCUUCCUCCUCCUCCUCCUCCUCCUCCUCCUCCUCCUCCUCCUCCUCCUCCUCCUCCUCCUAGUUUAUGUUCCUCUGCCACAGAGGCGUGAGGUGAUCGUCUCGUUGUGUUUCACAGUUUUUUAUUUUUCUAUCCCCUCACUUUGUGCCCUGUGUUUUUUACCUUUUUGCUCGAUGCCUUCUCGACAAACAGCUGAUUAGCAGCAGGUCGUUUUAAAAAAAGAGGGACGAGGAAAACGUCCACCUUUUUUAAAUACGACGCGGCGAGUUUAAUUAUCAGGGAUCUCCGGGAGCGAGACGGCACCUGGACCUCCUUCAUUAACAACAUCCCAAAAACAUAAACAUGUGAUGUCUUCAUUAUAACUAAUUAUCUAGUAUUAUUAUGAAUUUGAGUGUUUUCACAAUAAUUAAUGACAUCGCAAUUCAUUUUAGGUCCUUAUUCCUCUAAAUUAAAAGAUCUCCAAUUCAUAUUGAGAUAUUACAUUUGAAUUAUGAGAUUCACAUCAAAGAUGAGACAGAAAUGUGAGAUUAAAACACACUUAAAAGAUGAAGUGUUUUACGAGAUAAAGCAGAUUUUUCUUUGUUUUUGUCUCAUAUCUCAAGUUAAGCUUCAUUGAACUCUUCGGAAGGUGAUUUGUUCCCUGAUUUCACAGCGAGCGUGCAGCAGCAACACGAUUGUUGAACUUUUAAUGUAAAAGAUUGUAAAACGCUCAGGAGUUCAGGAUGUCUCGUCUCUAUCCCGAAUCGGCAGCGUUCGUUUAAAGGUGGAUUUCGUCCCUCUGAGGAAUGUCUUAGUCCUGCCGGGCGACGAUGGUACUAACGUCUUAGAAGACUAACUGUAAAUAGAAGAAACGUGUAGACCGAGAUACUAAUGUGGACUACUUGUAUGUCUAAUUUUGCACAGAAUGUAAAAAUCACCACCUCGUGAUGCUGGGACAUCGCUGAUGGUCCUACUGGUGUUUUUAAACUGGAGGAAAACCACCAAGUACACAGGGAUACUGCAGUGAAACCUCAGUCUGCUUCAAACAUGCAGAUUGAGACGAUCUGCCAAACUACAACUGAGUAUUAAGGCGGUAAAAGAAAACAUUUACGGCUGAAAAAAGGGGUCGUAUUGCAAAAAAAAACACCUUGAAUAAAGUCAUAAAUUAAUUAAAAUGACUUUAGUUUAGUCUAAUUUGAUGAUUCUGGGCUAAAAUCACGAGUCAUUUUCUUAUUUGUUAUUGUAAUAGGGAGAAGAAGUUUAAGAAUAUUUCCUUUCAGACAUUUUAAAGUUGAUUUUGUUUAUUUAUUAGACAAAUGUUGUUGUUUGGCUUGUUGGAAACACAUCGAUCGUCAAAGAUAACCCAACCAAAGCAAGAAAUAAAUAGACGACCGCCUCCACUAUCAUGUAUAUAUCUGCUGCUACCAGUUACAGUUAUUUUAAAGAAGAAACACAACAAUUAAUGAGUGUUUGGACAUGUACUGGUACCAUUCGUCGCAAUGGUCGACGUAGGGUAGCGUCCCCGUCCCAAAAACUGCCCCGUGAUUCAGAUUUUCUCCAAAAUGCAAAGGUUUUUUUAUUCACAAAAACGUUCAACCCUUCCACCACUUGUGCAGUGUCUGACUUUCAUCAGAUACAUGACACAAGACCAGAAAUCAGAAAGUAAAUUCAUUAAAAUAAUAGUAUCAGGAGGUGAAGAUCUCCGCUGUUAGCUAGCAAGCAACGUUAUUGUUUGUGGAACCAAAUCCUUAAAUUUAAAUCCUAUUAAAAUGAACAAUGGCUUCUUUCCGACACCAGUGCCGUGGUACAUCAAUUAAAUACUGGGAAAAAAUCCCCUUUAUCAACAUGAAUGCACUGGAUUCGAUGUAGAACGAGAACAAUAGAGGCACCAGUAUUGAACCCUGUGGAACUCCACUCAGAUUUACGAUUUUUAAAAGCUAUGUUCAUUUUCAUAAAGCUAAAAUGUAAGUGCUGAGUUUAACAGCUGGUAUGGCUAGAUAUGUCUUAGUUUGAUCGAAGGGAAACACAUGUUCUAGUGGAUCAGGUUCAAUAUUCCCUCAUAAACGCAGCUUUAGCCCCAAAUCACGAUAUAGCGGCUAAAGCUGUAAUCAAGGUGCUUCUCCCUCUGUAUUCAACGUUAUCGCUGUGUACUUACUGUGUAUUUUCUCCACAGUUUAAUCUGCUUUAUGACCAUUAUCAUGUAAAGUGUCCCAGAAAAUAUUCCUUUAGACACGAUGUCACUGAUAUUUCACUUCCUGUCACCUUCCUAUUUGAUAAGCUUCACUGUAUUGUACGACCUCAUGUGUUUUUAUAAUGUUUUCUCUUCUGUUGUUUUAUUUCUGUUGUUAGUGUUUGAGGGUCCGACUCUCUUUCAACACAAUCAGAGCUCAAUCUCACAGCUACAAACAUCACUGUAAUACCUCUGAUAUAGGUUUUUUGGAUAAAGUUAACACACAUUGUGGUAAUAAUAGUUAGUUUCUCCUCUUAACAAGUGUUAAUGCUUAGUAAAAGUUCAUUGAAAAGCUUAACUUGCCAGCCAUCACACAAUAAGACAAUGUGGAAGAGCAGGCGAAGCUAUUAUGAAUAUCUACAUUGUGGAUUUGAUUGCCUCUAAGCAUCAUGGGAGUUGUAGUCUGUGUGGAGCUGGUUGAUUUGAAGGCGAGUCGGUCCAAGUUUUUAUGUUUUUUCGUUGUUUUCCGACAAACAUUUCCAGAAAAAAGCCAAAAAAAUAACCUGCAGACAACUGACUAGUAAUGUGAUCUCCAUAUCCUCAUCCUCAAGUGCAAUUAGUGACAACACACACACACACACACUCUAUCAAAGUGCCACACACACUCCUGUAAUCAGCGUGUUGUUCUCUGAGCUCAUGACCUAACCUUUUAACUGUGAGUUUUUAUUAUUAUUAUUGUUGUUUAUCUGUUUCGGCUGCUCUGCUUCGUUCUGAUGAUGGAUUUCUUUAUGCAAUGUUGACUUGUCUGAGUUAACCCUUCAGAUGGCAGCUCCCCCCCUCUCCAUCCCGUCUAAUGAAGUUCCUCCACUUUAAUUCACUGUACAGUAGAGUCAUCAUAAAGACUUUUAACCAGAA